AGCAGGACUCGAUGGAGUUCAUCGAGUACCUCCUGGACGGUCUCAAAGAAGACGUCAACAGGGUGAAGGGGCAGAAGCCGUUCGUGGAGACCAAGGAGGCUGAGGGCCGCCCCGAUGACGUCGUCGCCGCGGAGGCGCGGGAGAACUACCGGCAGCGGAACAACAGCCACAUCGACGACAUGUUCUUGGGCUUCUUCAAGUCCACGGGACAUCACCUGCCCGGAGCCGGGGUGCGGGCGCGUGUCCGUGACGUUCGACCCGUACCUCUCGGUGAAGUUGUCGCUGGUCAGCGCCUCGGAGGAGCGCACCGCGAGCUUCCACGUGCUCGCCGUGCCCAUGACGGGCUUCCCCAACUCCGCAUGGCACAAGGUCUCGGUCGCGAAGUUCGGCGACGCUCAGGAGAGAUCAUCCGGAACGCGGCCGCGUCGGCGAACCUGGACGCCAAGAAUUGCGUGCUCGCCGAGAUCAUCACGUUCGAGAAGAUCUACAAGUUCUUCGAGCCCUCCGACGCCGUGGACAAGAUUGGAAGCAGCGACGUGCUUGUGAUGUACGAGCUGGAGAAUGAGUUCCACAUCCCGUACGAGGAGCGCUGGGGCAGGCAAGACGACGCGCAGGCUGACGGGGCCAGCCAGGACGGCGAGAAGUGCAGCGUGGUGAUCCCAGCGGCAGAUGAAGGCUUCGCAGAGCUCCUGGAGCUCCUCGUCCUCCCCGGUGUUCGUGGGCAUCCCUCUGGCGACGUGCGUGAAGAAGCGGACCACCGGCGAGGCCCUGUCG